AUGAGAGGCAAGACCUCACCCCUCAAAUCCUUUAAAACUGAAACUCAUACGACGAGAGCCCUCUUAACUCUACUGCUGAUAACAGUCUUCAUCGGCCCAGGAGCAACCAGCCACAAACCCCAUCAGCCAGCUAACCUGACUUGGGUGAUCUACAAUCCUGAGACUGAAAAAGUGCUUAAUUCGAGCUCCAACGUGACCCCCAAAGGGACAUGGUGGCCAGUACUGACCUCUGAUUUGUGCGUGCUGGCGGCUGACGGUAAUGGGUUUGGUCCCCACCAACUGAACAAGUCCUUUGUCCACGGCUCUUUGAGUCUGUUCACCCGUAACUGUGAGCGAAAAGGCCCACAGUACAACGAACAGGUGCCUGUCUAUGUCUGCCCGGGAGGGAGAAAGGAUCAGAACCACAUUGAAAAAUGUGAGAGAGGUGACUCUUCUACAAAAACCUCCCCAGAAAGUAAGAGAGGGACGAGCCCAGCGGGAGAGAGCUCGAGGCGCCCACGAGGCCGGGCUGAGUCUUGGUUUCGGCGCUCCCCCUGGUUGCCCACUGUGAUCUCCACCCUCCUGGUCCACUCAUAA